CUGUUUCUACUUCUUCUUCCUUGCUCUUCUGGGUCUUAAAGGUUUUUUUUGGUUUUGUGGCCAAAAACGAAAAACCAAAAAAAAAAAAACCCAGUUCUCAGCUCAGAUCUUGAGGCUGAGCUGAGAUUGUGAUUAUGAUGAUGAUGAUGAUGAGGCUUCACUAUCACAAUCAUUAUAGAGCUCUAGUUGGACUCUUGGUGCUGCUUUUUCCCCUUUUGUUUCCGGCUUUGUUCACUCCAUUCAGCCACGCUUCAACUUCCACUUUCUUGGAAUGGAAUGUUCCAAAGCCAAGGCACUCAUGGCUACUGAAGAGCGCCUUACAAGCCGAAACUUCGAAUACACAGCAAUCAGAUCUCUGGACUCCUUUGGGCAACCAAGGAUGGAAGCAAUGUGUUGAAUCUUCAGUUGGCCCUACUUUACCAGAGAAAUCCACGGGAUAUAUUCAGGUUUUUCUGGAUGGAGGGUUGAACCAGCAGAGAAUGGGGAUAUGUGACGCAGUUGCUGUUGCAAAAAUUCUGAAUGCAACUCUCGUAAUUCCAUAUCUGGAGGUGAAUCCUGUUUGGCGGGAUUCAAGCUCCUUUGAGGAUAUAUUUGAUGUCCACCACUUUAUUAAUGUGUUGAAGGAUGAUGUUUCUAUAGUUAGAGAGCUGCCUUAUGAAUUCUCGUGGAGUACACGGGAGUUCUAUUCUACUGCCAUCCGAACAACCAGGAUCAAAACAGCACCAGUUCAUGCUUCAGCAAACUGGUACCUGGAGAAUGUGUUGCCUGUACUAGAGAGUUAUGGAAUUGCUGCAAUAUCUCCUUUUUCUCACCGUCUGGCAUUUGACAACUUGCCUAUGGACAUCCAACGGCUGCGUUGUAAAGUCAACUUCCAUGCAUUAGCUUUUGUUCCUCAUGUUAGAGCACUAGGUGACGCUCUUGUCAGCCGACUGCGAUAUCCUUCUGAGACAAGAACCACACUUGGCACCACCUACCUACGGGAGACCGCAGACAGACGGCGGGCAGGGAAAUUUGUCGUGUUGCACCUACGGUUUGAUAAGGAUAUGGCAGCCCAUUCAGCCUGUGAUUUUGGUGGUGGAAAAGCCGAAAAACUGGCUCUUGCUAAGUAUCGGCAAACUAUUUGGCAAGGAAGGGUCCUUAACUCCCAAUUCACUGAUGAAGAGUUGAGGAAUCAGGGGCGUUGCCCAUUGACUCCGGAAGAGAUUGGAAUUCUUCUAGCAGCUUUGGGUUUCGACAACAGUACUCGUUUAUAUCUUGCUUCCCACAAGGUGUACGGUGGGGAAGCUAGGAUUUCUACUUUGCGACAAUUGUUUCCAUUUAUGGAAGACAAGAAGAGCCUUGCUUCUUCAGAAGAACGGUCCCAGAUUACAGGAAAGGCUUCUCUUUUAGCUGCCGUCGACUACUAUGUCAGCAUGCAUAGUGACAUCUUUAUUUCUGCUUCUCCCGGAAACAUGCACAAUGCUAUGGUGGGACAUCGUACUUACAAUAACUUGAAGACCAUUAGGCCAAACAUGGCAUUAAUGGGUCAACUCUUCUUGAACAAAAGCAUCAGUUGGUCCGAUUUUCAGCAGUCAGUCAUGGAGGGUCACCAAAGCAGACAAGGGCAGAUCAGAUUAAGAAAUCCCAAACAGUCCAUUUACACUUACCCUUCUCCUGAUUGCAUGUGCGAAGCUUAAGGAUACACAAUGCAGAUAUUAUUACUGAAGUUGGGGAGGCUAGUUUUCUGUCUCUCAAUAUUUGUUACCACAUGUACUCGUUGCUUGUAUUGUUUGAUAAAUAAGUAAUAAUAAUUACCAUUUCUCUCUCAUUCAUAGAACUAGACAGGUGUUUCUAGAUGCUUUAUGGGAUAUGUUGGAUUGGAACACGAUUUAGGAAAUUUGAGUUGUAUUAUUAGUUGAUGUCUUAUGGUUGGGAACGACAUUUGUUGUCUGUAAUUGUUAUACUGGAGCAAGGUUGUGAUACUAUAUAAAACAGUGGAUUAGUGAA